GUGGCAUCUACUGGGGUCAUCAAACUGAUCUUCACUUCAGCUUUAGGUGAACAGCAGGACUGGACUGUGGUUUAAAGACACUUAACAGGUUGAGUUCCCCUCUACCUGAUGAUGCGCAAAAGUGGACCGUGGAAAGCGUCGCAUGCGCUUUGAUCGCACCAGAGGAUAGCUAUUGCAUGUGUGAGGUUGUGGCCAGCUCUGCAUUGAGCUCUCGCGUUUGUUUAUUUGAGGAGGCAAGAACCAUCUAUACAGACAAACCUGCAUAUUAACCGUGUGGAUGCGCAGUGAUGGAUUAAUCGCUUUUUGAGGUAUCGACCCAUGCGACUUUCAGCAGCCAACAGCGCAGCGCCCUGAUAACCUCCUGAGGAUUUAAUAUCACCAACCUUUACCUGAUUUGUAUCCCCUGCUCUCAAGAUGACAUCGGGGUAUUUGAUAAGGUCGCUGCUUAUGCUCUUCCUAGCGCUCUUCUCUGCCAACGCAAGCAAUUGGCUAUACCUGGCCAAGCUGUCGUCGGUGGGCAGCAUCUCAGACGAGGAAACGUGCGAGAAGCUCCGGGGGCUCAUACAGCGGCAGGUUCAGAUCUGCAAGCGCAACGUGGAGGUGAUGGACGCCGUCCGCAGGGGCGCCCAGCUCGCCAUCGACGAGUGCCAGUUUCAAUUCCGCAACAGACGAUGGAAUUGCUCCACGCUAGAGAGCGUUCCUGUGUUUGGCAAGGUGGUCACUCAAGGUACUAGGGAAGCUGCCUUUGUGUAUGCCAUAUCAGCUGCUAGCGUAGCGUUCGCUGUGACCAGGGCCUGCAGCAGCGGGGAGCUGGAUAAGUGCGGAUGUGACCGCAACGUGCACGGUGUCAGUCCAGAAGGUUUCCAGUGGUCAGGAUGCUCUGACAACAUCGCCUAUGGAGUUGCGUUUUCUCACUCCUUUGUGGACGUCAGAGAAAGAAGUAAAGGACAGUCAUCCAACCGUGCCCUGAUGAAUCUACAUAACAACGAAGCGGGGAGAAAAGCAAUUCUGAGUCACAUGAGGGUGGAAUGCAAAUGCCAUGGCGUGUCGGGCUCCUGCGAGGUGAAGACCUGCUGGAAAGCCAUGCCACCAUUCCGAAAGGUGGGCAAUGUCAUCAAGGAGAAAUUUGACGGUGCGACCGAGGUGGAGCUGCGCAAAAUCGGUACCACCAAGGUCCUGGUUCCACGGAACUCGCAGUUCAAGCCCCACACGGAUGAAGAUCUGGUGUAUCUGGACCCAAGCCCAGACUUCUGCGAUCACGACCCCAGAACGCCGGGGAUAAUGGGAACCACGGGACGCUUUUGCAACAAGACCUCUAAGGCCAUCGACGGCUGCGAGCUCAUGUGCUGCGGUCGUGGGUUCCACACGGAGGAGGUGGAGGUGGUGGACCGCUGCAGCUGUAAGUUCCACUGGUGCUGCUACGUCAAGUGCAAACAGUGUCGCAAGAUGGUCGAGAUGCACACGUGUCGGUGAUCCAUCGUCAGGACGUUCGGAGAUGGCCUCCUCCUUCCCAAUCGCUUCCUAGACACAUACAAGAAAAGGGAAGACACGGACAUUCCCGAGCAUUUCAUACAAUGAUAGAGGAACAUGUCAUACAUGAGACACUUUAAAAUAUAGGGGUUCCCCAUUGAGAGUAUUUUUCUCUCCCGUUUUCUCCUUGUGCAUUUUUGUUUAAAUGUGGUCGCUCUCUUAUUUUUAUAUAUAUAUUUUUUAACUUAUUGGAAUGAAAUAGAGAGUGAAUUUUUUAAUGUGACAUGCACCGCAGAGUGCCAAUGGGAACGAGGUUAUGAACAGACAUUGACCCAGACGGAUUAGGGGCACAUGAAUAUGUUGAAAGGUUACGGUCGGGACAUCGCUUCCGAACAACUUUCCAUUGUUAAUGCUGCUUAAAGGGUUUCAUCUUGAACGAUGGACAUUGGACUCACAGAAAUGUGGAACACUACACGUUGGAAUAGAGUCCAGAUGUACAUCUGCUUUACCAAGUAGAAUGUUAAAUAUGGCCAUUCGUUCCUAUAGAGCUGUGAUGCUGCUUGAAUUCAAGAAUCACUCACCAAUAAUGUACAGCAUUGGUCUUCUGUAUACAAGUAUUAAAGCCCCCCUGCUUCUCCAGGGAUGUGAACCAACUUCAAACAAGAUGGGGACUGAAAACAGCAUCAAUUAGGUGACCAAGUAUUGAUGCAGACAGACACCCAACGAGUUAUAAAUAUCCAUUUGGAUGAAAAAUUUGGACAAAAAUUGUUGACCCACAGAUCGACUCGGGGUGCUUGGAUCAUGGAUUCUGUGCACAAUAACACUAGCACUUUUCCUUAUGUACCACAAAGAAACAAAUCUCCAAGCAUUCCCUGCACCAUUAGCCAGACCAAGCGAGUUAUUUACGGUUAAUAUCUACAAUACCGUAAAUCUGAGCUUAUCUUUAGUACAAUGCUAUCCAGUACGCUUUUAAAGAAACAUAGAUUUGUAAGAAUUAUACACUGAAGAGGACUAUAUUUCAUAUGAAUGUAUGUUAAAUUGAAAUAUAUGCUGUGUCAAAGACUGACAUCCUUGUGCUGUUAUUUUACAAUUUACAAUUUUACAUACAGUAAGAAUUCAAGUUUGACACUUUGUAAAGUUGGGUUUAACGCUGUCUUACAGUCUAAAAGAGCAAUGUCAUCUAUACGGUCAUUAUAAUAUCACGGCAUUAGCCACACACAAACACGUUUGCCCUGGUCAUACCAAUCCAGCCCACAGCUGCCCAGUGACACGGUUUCCACUGCACCCAGAGAGUCGUGCCAUCACGCCAAGAACAAUAAAUAUUUAUAGAAACUAUUCAUGGAAUAAUGGCUGGAAUGAAGGAUGUUGGACACGCGUGAAUGUGGUUCGGUGCUUCAACAAAGCCGCCCCAGCGAUGACUUUCCUAAACCCGUGCCCGGUAGCUUGUAAUAAGCGGCGCAUUUUCCACACAUAUUGAAGGUCCGCCUUAUUUUUGCAUCCAACUCAAAAUUUAAUAUUACUUUUGUGUGAUACGAUACAGCUCCAUUAUGAGCAAGAAUUAUUAAUAUAUAUUUUGGAGAGAACCGUCCAACUGAUUCUUCAUUACCCUUGUUAUCAGACACCACGCAAUACCAUACAGGUCUGUUUUGUAACAGUGGGACAGGUAGAUUACACCCUCCGGUGUCUUUCACCAUUCAUUUAAGUUUUACAUGUCAUAUAAUCACAUCAGGGUUUUUUCAGUUGUUACAAAUCCAGCACAUUAUGAAUAUGGCCAAAACUAACCCACCAUGAAAUUGUACAUUCUCAGCCAAACAUUAGCAGUGUUGGGUGUUACAAUGUAAGUCAUUAGUAACUUUAAUUUAUUACUUUUCCUUUGAACAAGUUAAGUAAGGGAUUACUCUUAUUUUUUCUGUAAUUUAAUUACAGUUACUUCUGGUGUAAUUCAACUAAAUACUUUUUGUAAUAUGUGUGUGUGCAAUAGUGGAAGUCAUCAAAAAGUCAAACUUUAAAAUCCGUGCUUUAAUGUAUAAUUCUCACAUUUGUAAUACUUUGGUCAGUAAAUAAUACUACUUUGUGUAGUUUUAUAUUAUUUAUUUGAAUGAAUUAAAAGAGCCGUUUCAUGUC